AUGGAAAUAGCAUUGCCUUUAUAAUUAUUCAUUAUUUCAUCCUCCUUAUCAACCAUUAUCAUAAGUAAGUAAAGAAAAGAAUUUUAAUUAAUUAGUUAUAUGAUUAUAGCUUAGACAAGAGAUUCGAGCAAUUCAAAUUUGUCGUCGUUAAUCAAUUAACUAGACGUCAGCAAUAUUAUAUAUUCUCACCAAGAUGUUACAUUUAUCAUAUCAAUUAUCCAAUUUGCCUUAUCAUUAUUUGUCACAAUGAUUGUAAUUAUAUUACUUUACAAAAGAAAUCAUAAUAAGGCUGAGCAAAUAUAGUUCAGCACCCUUGGAAAUGUAAUCAUCUCGUUUAUAUAGAUUUUUAUAAGAUCCAUUAGAAUAAUAUACUGGAUUCUGUGUUAUCUGCUAUUAUUGGUAUCUACUUAUAAUGUCAUGAUAGCCUAUGACUUAACUUAAUUUCUAUCGAUGUUCGUUAUAAUAUUUGUAAUUUUCUUUACUUUUUUUCAUGACUUUGUAUUGCUGAAUGACAAUUUUAAUAAGUAAGACUUUUUGAAUAUUGCCCAACCUAAACCCUAUAUUUUUACCACUUGGAUUAAAUUGGUUUAAUGUGGAUUUUCGAGUUACUUUUAUAAAAACCAAACUUCUCAUAUGAUUUAUUUGCUUAUUAGUUUUGCAUUAUCUUUUCUCAAUUACAUUUAAUUGUAGUAUUUUAUGGUAAUUUUUGGAAAUUAAUCUAGUUUAUUUUGGAUAAAGCUUAGGAUUGUGUUGAUCCAAUACCUCAUUAAUAUAGAUGAUCCUUAUACCUUAACAACAAUUUUGAUCAUAAUUAAUCUUGUUGUCGUGCACAAUAGUUUCAGAAAGUGGUACUUAGAACAUCAGUUCACCAGUUGCAAAGACGUAUCGAAUCGAGUUUUGCUUUUACAUUGGUUCAGAGAAUUAUAAAGUUCAAAUGUAUAUUAUAUGGGAAUUAUAAUUAAACAUUAUAAUCACCCGAAUAAUAAGAAAUGCUUUUUAAGACAAAAGGCCAUUUUCUACAGCGGUAAGAAAUUCGCCAAGUACACUAACAUAACUACCAAGAAGCAUAACAUCUAAAAACACAAGGGCUUAUUCGUGAAAUUCUAUAUCAAAUGCUUGCUUGAAACUUAACUGAAACAAUAACCUAACUCAUCUGAAUUAAGAUUAUUAUAUGCAGAAAUCUUAUUCUAUAAAUUUAGUUUAAUCAAUGAAUCAUUCAGAUAAAUAUAGAAGAUCAAAUCGAAUUUCAAUUUUAACUAAUAACUGAGAAUCAUAUAGUUAAAAUUAUCUAUUCAUAAAAAAUUAAAGGAAAACAGUUCAUUAAGUUAUCGAUCCAAACUGCCUUUUGAAAAUAUGUUGAAAUGCGAAGAAUAAAUGAAGGAUUUUGUUAAAGCUUUUCUUAAAAUAACUGAGUUAUAGAUCAUUUUUUGGAAAGGCUAACUUGGGUAAUUUAUCUCCAUUUAAAAUUAAAUUAAUAUAAGUUAAGAAAUUUUAAAUGAAAUUUAAAUUUGUCAAGCUAAUUGGAAGAGCAUUCAUUUUAUUAAUCCAAUUGAUGAAUAGAAUAUGUUUAUAAAAUUUAGAUGGAGAUUCUUCUACCUGUUUUUUAAACUCUAUAUCCUCCAUAAAAAAUUAAAAGUACAAGAAUUAAAAGAACUGCCUGAUCAAAUUCUUAAGUCAUAAUAAAUAUUUUAAGAUGAGAAAAUAGAUGAAAGAUCUUCAAGUGAAGAUGAAACUUAAGGGAAAGUCUAUUAUUAAACUAAUUCUAUAAUUUCUUCUAAUAACUUAUUUUUUCGUGUUGAUAAAUUUGGAGAAAUCAUUACCGUUAGUUAAUCAUCACUAUAAAUGCUCGGGAGACACUAAAAUGAAUACAGAGGUGCUAGGGUUGAAAUCUUAAUGCCAGACAUAAUCAAAGAGAAUCAUAAUUACUUCUUAAAAUUAUUCUAUAAAACUGGGCAAUCUGAAAAUUUAUAUAAAAGAAGAUCUAUUUUAGUUAAACACAGCAAAGGACAUUGUUUUAAAGCCCAAAAAUAUUUAAAAUAUCUAUUUAAUUUAGAAUAAAACAGAUUUGAGUAUUUUAGUAUGUUGAGAAAAGUCUCAAGUCGAUCUUAAUACAUUAUCUUGAAUUCAAAAUGGGAGAUUGAUUCAUCUAGUGAAUUUAUUUAUUAAAUUUUCGGCGAGUUUAAACUCCCUUUUCUAUCUUUGUGUCCAAAAGCCAUUUCCUAUACUGAAUUUGCUUAAUACCUUACUACAUACGACAUGAAAAUUUUAAGUUUGAAAUUAUGUUCUUUUGGUAGUAGGGAGAGAAUUCAAGAUAGGAAAUUUACCUUUAGAAGAUAAAACGAUUAAACAUUUAGUAACAAAUCAAUACAUGAAUUUACAAGCUUAGUUUUUAAAAGAGAAUUGGAAGAAAAGUAAAAAUAGAAUGUAGUUAAAGUCUUUUAAUAAGUUCUUGAAGAAGACAAUGAAAUUGAUGGGGCUGCAAAAUUGAAUAAAUUAAGCCAUAUUAAAUUAAACAUUAGAGUUCCCGUAUACAAAGCUGAAUUUCAAGAAGAUUAUAAUAAAUAUGAUACUUAAAUGAAUAAUAUAUUUUAUAGCGCGGAAAGUUUGAAAAGGCUAAUUUUCAGAAAUGGCAAUGGAAAAAUAAGAGUUGAUAAAUUUGAAUUUCUUUAACGGUAUAGAUGGGUUAAAGAUUAAAGAAUGAAGUUUAUAUAUUCUAAAAUCAAAUAUUUAUUUGAACAUUAUUGCUAGGAGUAAGUUCUUGAGAAAGUGUUAAAAGUGGAUGCUAAUUUGAAGUUCUAUAAAACUCUGAACAACACCUCAUUCUACAUAGUAAAGAUUAAUCGUUUAGAAGUCUAUGAUGAAACCACAAAUAACAAUGACAAAUAGGACAUGUAAUUCUUUAAUUCAAAUUCCUUCAAACCCUAUACUUCAGCCCUUGUUCAAGAAGUUGCUUUAAUUACUUAAUCAGAAGCAUAUACCUUGAAAAACCAAAGUGGCUAUUAAUAUUCUGAUAUGGAAUUUGUAACCAAUAGAGACAAUAAUUUUAAGCCUUUAUUGAUUGGUCAUGCAUUGAGAGAGGACUUUCUAGAACAAGGUUCGAACACUAUAUAUAGUUUAAAUGAAUAAAAUAAUCCUUUUAUAAAAGAAGAAAUUAAUAAAAUAUCGAAGAGGAAUCACAAGUUAAGUUUGCUAGUCUUCUUAAAUAGAUGUUUAUUUUUUAUAGAAAUACUGCUUAUUUGUUUCACUUACUUUUUUUGCUCAUUUUAUUACAAUCCUUUAACAUUACAUAAUUCUGUUAUUCUAUUGGGUCACGUAUAUCAAAUUUCACUAAUAACUGUUUAGUCAUAUAAUUACAUCAUUGAUGUAGGUUUAAUGAAUGAAAAUAAAUUGACUAGUUUAUUGAUUGUCAACCCAACAACUAAAUUCAAUACAACAGGGUAAUUUUUAUAAUUUGUUCAAACAGAAAUCGAAGAAGAAUACACAUUCAUCUAUAACAUUUACACAGAUUACGAUUUUGUAUCUAUGGUUUAUUCUGGGUUUUAUAUUAACAACUCGGAUGUUAGUGGUUUGGAUAUCUUCGAUUAGUAUUAGCUUAAUUUACUGUAAUUCAACUUUUCAGAAAAGGGAUCAAUCAAUUUAAAUGAUACUAUUAUAUUACAUUUUAGAGACUAUAUGGUUCCUUAUGGAUAACAAUUGAUGUAGGAUUCAAUUGUUUCAAGGAUUAAUGAAGCUAUACUCUAUUAAACCCAGUCCAUUGAUAAUCUCAUACUGUUCAUGAUCUUCUUAUUUUCAGUUUUGAUGAUUAAUUCAGUCUUUUCAUUGGUAAUUAAAUAUUAGUUUCGAAAACGAUGUUAAUACUAUUUACAAUAUUGUUGCCAAUAUACCAAAGGAUGA